CCUGCUCUCUGGGCUCGGUCUUUGGCUCCUCCCCGCCCUGGUUAAAUGUCCGCCCGGCGCCUCAGUCAGCUGCAGACGACGGCAGUCAUGACCGAGGAGCUGUAGGUUGGACUUUUAUCAUCCUGACAGCAAGCAAACAUCAGAGUUUCUCCUCUCCGGCAUCCGCACCAUCCACGAAGCCGCUAUGAAGACCAUUCUUGCUGCGUACUCUGGCGUCCUGAAAGGCACCGGCUCCAGCAUCCUCUCUGCCCUGCAGGACCUGCCGGUGGUGUUCUGGCCCUGCAGAUCCAAGAUGGAAAAACAUCUGCAGGUCAUCUCUGUGCUGCAGUGGGUCAUCAGCUUCUUAGCAAUGGGUGUCGCCUGCACUUUGCUGUUGAUCUACAUGUUCUGCACUGACUGCUGGCUUAUCGCUGCCAUUUACACCGCCUGGCUCAUCAUUGACUGGAACACCCCAAAACAAGGUGGAAGGAGGUCCUCCUGGGUGAGGAACUGGACCGUUUGGACGUAUUUCCGAGAUUACUUCCCAAUCAGGCUAAUUAAAACCCACAACCUGCUGCCCAGCCGGAACUACAUAUUUGGCUACCACCCACACGGCAUCUUCUGUUUCGGUGCUUUCUGUAACUUUGGCACCGAGGCCACUGGCUUCUCCAAGAAAUUCCCGGGCAUCAGGCCCUCCCUGGCAACCCUGGCGGGAAACUUCCGCCUGCCCGUGCUGCGAGACUACCUGAUGUCUGGAGGUAUAUGUCCGGUGAACAGGCACUCUAUCGACUACCUGCUGUCACGUAACGGGACAGGAAAUGCCGUGGUUAUCGUUGUCGGAGGAGCAGCGGAGUCUCUGCACUGUACACCAGGGAUGAACGCUGUCACCCUGAAGAAUCGUAAAGGCUUUGUGAAGCUGGCCCUGCAGAAAGGGUCCGACCUGGUCCCAGUGUACUCCUUUGGAGAGAAUGAUGCCUACAAGCAGGUGAUCUUUGAGGAGGGAACUUGGUGGAGAGCUCUCCAAAAGAGAUUACAGAAGAUCUUAGGCUUUGCCCCAUGCCUUUUCCAUGGAUGUGGUCUCUUCUUUGGCAACUCCUGGGGCAUUGUGCCUUUCUGCAACCCCAUCACCACCAUAGUUGGGGAGCCAAUCACUGUGCCAAAAAUCGAAGACCCAACAGAAGAGAUAGUGAAUCUGUACCAUGCAAUGUACAUCAAGUCUCUCCAGUGCCUUUUUGACAAGUACAAGACCCGCUUUGGCCUGAAAGAGAGCGACGUCCUGUACAUCCAGUGAAACAAUGGCGGUGGGCCUUGUAGAAGCUCUGAACUGUGGCAGCACCUUCAGAUCCCUCCGCCCCCCCCACCCUCCCACCCCCCGCCCGAUCCUGGUGCCCAGGUGGGAUUACCUCUGGACUGCAAACUCUACACACGAGCAUGUUCGCUGCAGAAACCUUUGCUCUCUGCGUUGCCUCUCUCACAAACACAUAAGCAUACUUUUCUUCUCAGGAAAUGGCAGGUUUGAAGAAUAGUGGCCUCUCCCUGUUGCUGGCACCAGCUUAAACAGUCUUUGGAUGGACAAAGUUACACAAAACGUGUGCCUUAGUAGUUUCCAUUUCCAUUUUCUCAGUCGAUCAAGUUCGGACUAUCUUAUCUGUGGUGCUGGUGGUUGGAGGGGAUGGGGCGGUUUCACUAGAUGGAGCUAGGAAGGUAACAUGCAGAACUUUAAAGAAGUGCCAAUGUUUUCUUUCACUCAUGCAUUCAUAUAAUUUUCCCCAAGCUCUUUAUGAUCCUGUUCUACACUAAAUGCACAAACAAUGCAAAUGGAAAGUGCCACUAUUUUUGGGAUAAUAAGCCCAAAGGUUAAUUGAGCCAAAGACCUAUGUUGUCCCCACACAUGCAUGUAUUUCUACUGUAUGAACGAGUGCCUGUGAUUGUAUAAUGCCAUAAAGUAUUAAUUGUAUUCUGUAGAGAGGAAAAGCCUAUUUUAGUGCUUUUCCCUCCAAUGAAUAUUUCUGAUGCACUUUUCUUUUUGCUGAUUUACCUUCUGAGGGUUUUGUCUCAAAUGCCUUUGAUACGAGAUUCUUUCCAAGACAGCCAUUGUGCUUGUUGGCUUGAUUUCCCUUUCUUGUCCCACAGGUCCAGGUCUGGAUGGGUGUGUUCUGUCUAUGCAGCAGAACUACAGCACAUAUCUUGUAUGUUAGCCAGCUAGCUAAAGUUCUGAGCUGAGACUGAAGAAGAUGAAGUAGUUUUGUGAGUGAAAAUGAUUCCAGCGUUCUGCGCAUCACUUUGUAACCAUUCCAUGGGUGAUAACUGAAAGGAUUACACGGGUAAUUCCUCAUUACUGGGAAUAAGUUAUAUUUGAGGGUGUCACUAGUACUUAUGUAAAAUAAGAGAUGAGAAUAUAGGUGGAAUCAUCAAAAUAAGCUUGUGUCAUGUUGAUCGGCUUGAAGAUGGGCAGUAAAUUAUUGGAUUGUCAUUUGAUGUUCUCACGGUUGUGACUUCCUCUGAAGAGCUGGGUGAUCCCUGUGCAAUAAAUUUGCAAGCAAUAAACAGUGAGACCUAUCUGUGA